AUGGGGCACCGCAGCGCGCAAUCCCCUCCACACCCUGCGCCUGAAAGGCGCACAGACGGGUUUCCGACACCAGUAGCGCGCGGAUGGUCGGCCGAAAACACCUCUCACUGCAGCGCGCAGAUAUGGAGCAGCAGAGUGGCACAGAAUGUGGUGCUGAUUGAUCCAACGAAAGGCAGUCCGCUGGCGUCGCUGCGCGCGUUCAAGGGGCCAUCGGGGCACAUCCCCUUCCCCAACAAGUGCCCCGCGCACCCCUUCAGGGGCGAGUGGCGCAGCGUGGCGUUCGGCCCAGCGCAGCGCACGCUGCUGGCCGCGGCGAGCUACAGCACGAGAGGCGCGCUUCGCCUGCCGGAACUCACGGACGCGCUGCACGUGUUCGACACGGUCGCAGCGGACGUCACGGCGCGAGUGCCGCUGAACAACACGCCGGAUAGCGUGUACUUCGUCCCCCUCGCUAACGAGGUGUGGGUGCACGCGGCCGACGUGGCGGACCGCUACUCGUUCUCCAUUCUGUCGGCGCAGCCGCCGUACGCGGAGGUGCACAGCCAGGGUAUCAACACCAUGCUCCCCGUGGGACGCGCGCGCCUGCUGCAGAGCCCCAACCUGGGCACGCGCGGCUAUCUGACGACCUCGGGAUCAUCGGGGGUGUACACAGUCGACCUCGCGCGCCCCUCUAUCGCGCCCGCGCUCUUCCUCUCCUUCCAGGAAUCUGCCGCCGUCUCACAGCGCGCCUGCCCCGGCGCGCUUUCCAGCGCGUACGCACGCGUGCUGCGCCACACAUUCGUCUCCUGCGCACGUCCGCCCUCCGCCUCCCCCGUUUCCCCUGCUGACGGCGGAAUCGGGAUCGGCGUGAGCGAGGCCGGCGCGGGCGCACGGAAGGCGAGCGCGGGGGAAGGAUUGGCGGGAGCGGGGAAACUGGCGACGGUGCAGAUCGACGCGCAUACCAACCUGAUCGUGGGCGUCUGGCCGUUCGCUGGCGAGCUGUACAUGGCGCCGGACGAGAGCUUCCUCUUCGUGCUGGAUGCGACAAACAAGGCCAUCCACCUGCUGCAGCUGAGUGCCGUCCAGCCGCCGCCCUCGCAGCCCAACGGGCAGCCGCAGCCCACGCCGCGGCCGCGCCCCAACGUGACAGCGUGGCAGCCGCUGACGUUCAACGUGGACUACACGCCGCUCAGGAUGGUCUUCACUCCCAAGCCGCCGCACUACCUGGUGUACAUAAGCGUGGCGGAGGGCGGCGUGAUAGGGCGGCUGGACAUGCAGCAGCUGAUGCAGUGCGGCAGCGGGUGCUCGGCAGGCAACAUGCAGUCCUUUGUGCAGUUCGAGCAGCAGAUGGGCGAAAACUCACCUCCAAGAGGUGGCCUUGUGCUCUCGCGGCCGGUGGCAGCAGGUGGGGGCUACGUGUGCCAGGUGGCGGCAUAUGAUCGCAGCAUAGUGUGCUUGGAGGAGGCCACGGGCCAGAAGACUCCCUAUGCCAACAUCAGCGAUGUGCAACACUUGAUGUGA